AUGCCGUAUAAUAUUGCUAUGGUUUGCGACUUCUUUUUCCCUCAGCCAGGAGGCAUUGAAUUGCAUAUUUACCAACUUUCACAAAAAUUACUUGAUCGAGGCCAUAAAGUUAUUAUUAUUACACAUGCGUAUAAUAAUCGUACAGGGAUUCGAUAUUUAUGUAAUGGAGUGAAAGCUUACUAUGUUCCAUUUUUUGUAAUAUAUAGAGAGUCAACAUUUCCUUUAAUUUAUUCAUUUUUUCCUUUAUUUAGAAACAUUGUCAUUAGGGAAGAGAUAAAUAUUAUUCAUGGACAUGCUUCUUUGUCGUCUUUUUGUCAUGAAGCUAUUUUACAUGCUAGAACUAUGGGUAUUCGAACAUGUUUUACAGAUCAUUCAUUGUUUGGAUUUGCAGAUGCAGUAUCUAUUUUUACAAAUAAGCUUUUGAAGUUUACAUUAAGUGAUAUUGAUCAUGUAAUAUGUGUUUCUCAUACAGGUAAAGAAAAUACAGUUCUUAGAGCAGCAUUAGAUCCACACAUGGUUAGUGUGAUACCUAAUGCUAUUGUAGCGGAAAAUUUUCGUCCUGAUUCUAGUAAAGCAUCGAAAGAUACAAUAACAAUUGUUGUUGUUUCGCGGCUAUUUUAUAAUAAAGGAAUUGAUCUUUUAAUUGCAACAAUACCUCGAAUUUGUUCGUUGUAUUCAAAUGUUAAAUUUAUUAUUGCUGGAUCUGGUCCUAAAGCAAUAGAUAUAGAACAAAUGAGGGAAAAAAAUAUGCUUCAGGAUAGAGUUGAAAUGCUUGGUUCUAUCCGUCAUGAAGAUGUUAGAAAUAUCAUGGUCCGAGGACAUAUAUAUCUUCAUCCUAGUCUCACAGAAGCAUUUGGGACAGUAUUAGUAGAAGCUGCAAGCUGUGGUCUCUACGUUGUAUGCACGCGUGUAGGGGGUGUUCCUGAGGUUUUACCACCUCAUAUGACUAUUUUUUCAGAGCCAGAAGAAGAUGAUCUUGUUUCUGCAACUUCCCGUGCUAUUGAUGCAUUAAGGGAGAAACGUAUUCGCACUGAUACAUUUCAUAAUGAAAUUAAGACAAUGUAUUCAUGGUCUGAUGUAGCAGAAAGGACUGAACAUGUUUAUGAUCGCAUAUGUUCAGCUGAUGUUCAUCCUUUAAUUGACAGAUUAAAAAAAUAUUAUGGUUGCGGCAUGUGGGCUGGAAAGCUUUUUUGUUUUCUUGUUGCAACAGACUAUUUAUUACUCUUUGUUUUGCGUUGGAUUUUACCAGAUGCAAAUAUAGAUAAAGUUAAACCAUUUUUAUUAAAAAAAAAAAAAAAUCCUCUGGUUAGGAAUAACAUAUAAUAUUUAGGUAAU